GGGUCCGUCCCGGCUCCUCACGCCCUGCGCACCCCUCGGACCGCGGCUCCCGGCGGGAUCCGGGCUCUGAGGGCGCCGGGUCCGCCCUGCCUUCCCUCAGGCCCUUCCCACCGCCGUCCCGUGUCUGCCGGCUGACCCGGCGCUCUGAGGGCGCUCGGGCUCUGAGCAUGCGGCAGCUCCGGCUCCGCCCCGGCCGGGACAGCGCUGAGGGCGCCAUGGAGCGGUUCGGGGAGCGGCUCGGGGAGCGCUCGGCGGCCCGGCUGGACACCAUCCUGCGGCACCUCUCCCCGCGGCUGGGAGCGGCCCCGGCUCCUAUAAGCAUUCCUACUUCAGCCCAAGUCAGUGUGGUUCCUCAUUCAGGGAGGUUUUGCUACACCCUGGACAACGAUGUGCUGAGCACAGAGCAGAGGCAGUUCUACGAGGACAAUGGGUACCUGCUCAUCAGGAGUCUCGUUUCUGACGCCGACAUCGAGCGCUUCAGGAAGGAGUUCACCAGGAUCUGUAAAAGAGAGGUGAAGCCACCAGGAGUUAUGAUUAUGAAAGAUGAGUCCCUGAAAUCCCAGUUCGGUCAGUCUGAAAAAGUGGUUAACAAAGUGCAGGACUUCCAGGAAGAUGCGGAGCUGUUCAGAUACUGCACUCUGCCAGAGGUCCUCAAAUAUGUUGAGUGCUUCACAGGACCAAACAUCAUGGCAAUGCACACCAUGCUGAUAAAUAAACUUCCAGAUUCUGACAAACAGACUUUCCUGCACCCCAUGCAUCAGGACCUGCACUAUUUCCCGUUCCGGCCCGCGUCGCGCAUCGUGUGCGCCUGGACCGCCAUGGAGAGGGCGGACCAGGACAACGGGUGCCUGGUGGUGCAGCCAGGGACACACAGGACAGCCCUGAAGCCCCACGGCUAUCCAGAGCAGGAGGGUAAAACCAACAAACUUUUCCAUGGGCUGCUUGAUGAGGAUGAGAAGAUUCCCAAAGUUCACCUUGUCAUGGAGAAGGGAGACACAGUGUUCUUCCAUCCCCUGCUCAUUCAUGGCUCUGGGAUAAACAGGACAUCAGGUUUCCGAAAGAGCAUCAGCUGCCACUUUGCCAGCUCAGAGUGUCACUACAUUGAUGUCAAGAACACGACUCAGGAGCACCUGGAGAAGGAGCUGCAGGAAAUGGUGUGCAAGAAAUACGAUGCAACUUCAGUGGAGCUCAAGGAUAUUUGGAACUUCCGAGCACGCCUUGUGCAAGGUGAGAGAAUCAACCUGUAGAGGACCCUGUGAAGAGCAGGAUGGAAAAGAUGGGCCUGAGAAUGAGCUUCUCUGAGGGAAGAGCACAGACCCUGCCUGGACAGGCAGAAUUCCCUUUGUUGACCUCUGUAAUGGGAACUUAGCCAAAUGCUGCAUUGCAAAAUAGUUUUAUGCUAAUUCAGAAUAAUUGCACUGAGCUUGGACAGCUGAUGUACGUCAAAGGAAACCUAACCUAGAAAAACAGAUUUGCUUUGGGUGGCUUAGACAAUCGAAGAAUCAAAUUCUUGAAAGAACAUCUUGGUUUUCUUGGUGUUUUCAUUCUUCUUACAAGUUUUUAACAUGACACACCUUUAGAAUGAUGCUAUACCAAUGUAAGAUUUUAUGCAAGAAUUUCGAGCAUUUCCAGCUUCCUUUCCUAUGAAAAAAAAAAAAUAUAUAUAUAUAUAAAUCAGAGUUACAAGCUCUCAGAAUCAAGGGUGUAAGGAAGUGGCUGAAGAGAAAGCAACAACCACACACAGAGGAAAAUGGGAUUUCUGGACAGGAAUAUGAUUGCUGGUAGAGUUCCUCAAGCAUGGCUUGGCAUGCAUCACACCUGACCAAGCAGUUCUGGCACAGGUGAAAUGAGUCUGACAGUGUUGGGAGCCACUGGGCCAACAAAGCAGCCUCCCCCUGGCCUUGCAUAACUGAUCCAAGGCAGUGUGAAGUGAGAGGAUCUUUUGAGUCUGGCAGGUCUGGGAAAAGGUGCCCUUUGCUGCUGCCAGGCUGAGGAAGUGUUUGGAUGCUCCCCAGGAAGCAGUGGUGGCAGAGUGGAAUCAUGCACACUUGCCUUUUACAAUCUUGCCUUUUACAAUGGUUGUCCUUGCUUUCUGAAAGAUUCUUUCACUUUCAGAAUCUAUUUUUUGAAAUAAAGAAUAAAUCAGAGCAAAACUGCA